GAACUUGGUAACCAACUACUUAUAACUUUCAAGUCCUGUUGUUAAACAACCACUUGAUCCGGUGGAACUCGCAAAAGCUUGUCAAGUAUUUCUGAUCAAGAGAAUCGGGAAAUAAAGAUGGACAACGGGCAGUCGUUGAACAAGCUGUUGGAGUUUGAUAAUUUUGUACUCGGUUUUCAGGAGCCCGGAUUAGGUCAGGACGCAUGCGUGGAAGCCUACGACAAAGACGAUGCAGUCAAACACUACGCCGUGUCUACAGUGGCCCUCGCCUACAGGGGUCCACAGUACUGUGCCGAUAUGGCGGCGGCCAUGGUACAAGACAGGAGGGAGGGGGCGCUCGUCUUAGAUGUGGCUGCUGGGACUGGUUUGGUGGGGGAGGAGCUACAUAAACACGGAUUUAAAAACAUCCACGCUCUCGACGGGGCCUCCCAAAUGUUGGAGACAUGUAAACAAAAGGGAGUCUACUCUGAUUUCAUCCAAUGCAUCUUGUUAGAAGGAAAACAAAUGCCUAUCGCCAAUGCCACGUAUGAUGUGGUGGCUAUGAGUGGAGCAACCAUCGAAAACCAUUUACAUCCAAGUUCUAUGCAAGAGUUUGUCAGAGUUAUCAAACCUGGAGGGUACUUCAUAAACUGCUACAGGGCUACUAUACAAGACAUCGAGUACGGGAAAGAAUGGCUAGCAGAGGCUGCACGCCUGGAAUCAACGGGAAAAUGGAAGCUGUACGGUCGGUUGAACUUCCGGAAGUAUCACGUGUUUUCCGAUGGAUUCGUAGAUAUUUAUCAAGUUAAUUAGCAAGUGUAUGGCUAAUACAAAUAAACGUUUAAUAUUUUAAUUGUAAUGUAAAUGUUCAACGAACUCAUGUCAAGAAAAAAUUAGCCUGUUUUUUUAUUAAAGUGGAAUUAUAACAGAUAUAAUAAAGGUUGUUUUUGUAUAUACUUUCGGCGUCACCAGUAUAUGUGAUUGCCGAAAUGUUAAGUAACGGGGGAUGGUUUUAUGAUGA